CGGUGCUGCUCCUCUGCCCGCCGCCGCCGCCUCGCAGCUCCGGAGCCGGCGUCCGCAGCGCUUGUCCCGCGGCAGCGCCGGGCCACGAUGUUCUCCCUCAAGCCCCCCAAGCCCACCUUCAAGUCCUACCUUCUGCCGCAGGCUGAAGAGAAGAUAACUCCAGAACCCAAGAUUAAGAAGCUGGAACCCGUGCUUUUGCCAGGUGAAAUUGUGGUAAAUGAAGUUAAUUUUGUGAGAAAGUGCAUUGCAACAGAUACAAGUCAGUAUGAUUUGUGGGGAAAACUGGUUUGCACUAACUUCAAGACUUCCUUUAUUACAGAUGAUCCUAUGCCACUUCAGAAAUUCCAUUAUAAAAACCUCCUUCUUGGUGAACAUGAUGUCCCACUAACAUGCAUUGAACAAAUUGUCACAGUAAAUGACACAAAGAGGAAACAGAAGGUCCUUGGUCCCAAUCAGAAACUUAAAUUUAAUCCAACGGAAUUAAUUAUUUAUUGCAAAGAUUUCCGUAUUGUCAGAUUUCGCUUCGAUGAAGCAGGACCUGAAAGUGCAAAAAAGGUGUGCCUUGCAAUUGCUCACUAUUCUCAGCCAACAGAUCUUCAGCUGCUCUUUGCAUUUGAAUAUGUUGGGAAAAUGUAUCAUAAUCCAGCAAAAAAAGUAAAUGGAAUAGAUCCUGGAGGAGGUGGUGGAAGCAGUGGUCAACAGACUCCUUUGUUUGAAGCUUACUCUGAUUGGGAUAGAGAAAUCAAAAGGACAGGUGCAUCAGAAUGGAGAGUCUGUUCAGUGAAUGAAGGUUACAUGAUUUCUACUUGCCUUCCAGAAUACUUUGUAGUCCCAUCUUCCUUAGCAGAUCAGGACCUGAAGCUCUAUUCUUACUCAUUCAUUGGGAGACGAAUGCCAGUAUGGUGCUGGAAUCACCCUAAUGGGAGUGCUCUUGUGAGAAUGGCCAACAUUAAAGAUGUAUUGCAACAAAGAAAGAUAGACCAAAGGAUUUGUAAUGCAAUAACUCGAAGCCAUCCACAGAGAAGUGAUGUUUACAAAUCAGAUUUGGACAAGUGUCUACCCAAUAUCCAGGAAAUCCAGGCUGCAUUUAUUAAACUCAAACAGUUAUGUGUUAAUGAGCCUUUUGAAGAAACAGAAGAGAAGUGGCUGUCCUCACUGGAAAAUACACACUGGCUAGAAUACAUCAGGUCAUUUCUUAAGCAUUCUGUUGAGCUUGUAUAUAUGCUGGAAUGUAAGCGUGUUUCUGUAGUUCUACAAGAGGAAGAAGGACGGGACCUAAGCUGCCUUGUAGCCUCCCUCAUUCAAGUGAUGCUGGAUCCCUAUUUUCGGACGAUUGUUGGAUUUCAGAGCUUACUACAGAAGGAGUGGGUGAUGGCAGGAUAUCAGUUUUUAGAUAGGUGUAACCACUUAAAGAGAUCUGACAAAGAGUCUCCGUUGUUCUUGAUGUUUCUGGAUUCCGUUUGGCAAUUGCUUGAACAGUACCCAGCAGCCUUUGAGUUUUCUGAAACAUACUUGACAUUAUUGUAUGACAGUACACGGAUCUCACUGUUUGGCACUUUCCUUUUCAACUCUCCACACCAGCGAGUAAAGGAAAGCACUGAAUUUGCUAUAAGCAAAAACAUCCAGCUGGGUGAUGAAAAAGGCCUAAAAUUUCCUUCUGUGUGGGACUGGUCUCUACAGUUUACAACAAGGGAUCGUAUGCUGUUUCACAACCCUUUGUAUAUUGGAAAGAGUGCACCAUGCGUACAAAAUGGGGCCGUGAAAUCUUUUAAACGGUCAAAGAAGAACUACAGCUCCACUCUGAGAGGAAUCCCACCAGCCCUAAAGAAUGGGAUCAUCAGUGAGCAAGAGUUUCUUCCAAGAAGAAACUCACUGAUACUAAAACUGAAACCAGACUCUCUUCAGCAGGCAGCCAGCCAUAAUAAUAGCUUGGAGCAGUAUUUCAGAGCCUGGUUUUCCAAGCCUGUUGACCUGCAUGGUGUGAUUCUACCACAACUCUCUGGAACGCACGUAAAACUGUGGAAACUGUGCUACUUCCGCUGGGUUCCAGAGGCCCAAAUUAAUAAUGGUGGCUUCAUCACUGCCUUCCACAAAAUCUCUUUGCUGGUAGACGAAGUUGACAUGCUAAACAGGAGUCUUAGACAGUGUAAAAGCAACCUGUCUCUGCAAGCAAACUGUUCAGAACUGGAUCAAAGCAGGAUGUAUUUCAGAUCAAGUGGUUUAAAUGACAUUUCUGGGACUUCAGACUUUCUCUCCUCCUCAUUCCCCUUUUCUCCUAUAGGAAACCUAUGCAGACGGAGCAUUCUGGGAACACCUUUAAGCAAAUUCUUAAGUGGUGCCAAAAUCUGGUUGUCCACUGAGACACUUGCAAAUGAAGACUAAGAUAUGAUGAUGCUUUAAACAUUGGGGGUGGGGAUAGAUCAUUGUGUGUCUUCUCUAAGUUAACACUGCUAAUUGCAGCAUCUGAAGCUGUAAUAAUUUUAUAUACAAAUAUUACCUAUGUUUUUGCACAAAUAUUUAAAAGCAAAGCAAAUCAUGCUUCAAAUCGCACAAUUUUGUUUCCAGCAGUUCUCAUGUAAGCGUCUUGUCUAGAGUCUGCUUCUUCCUGUAUUUUCUAGGCCCAGCUCGUAUAAGAUGCAAAACUUUCACUUGCUCAUCAAAGGUUUGGUGUGGUCACUAAUAAGGUUUUUGUUCUGUUUGCAGUGUCUGUUUUCCCAGAUGUUGAUUGACUGAAGUGAAUCUUGUGUCAGUACAAAUUAGCAAAUCAAAUGGGUGAAAACAAACAUCAAAGAAAAUGAGAAGGACUGUAAAGGACACAGGCUAAUAUCAGUUGUGGAAAUAUGGGAACGAAUUACUUGUCCCAACACAAGUUUAGGAGGAAUGUAUUUCUGUGCUAGCUUUCUGUGACUUGUUUCACCUAGUGUAUGUGUUGGUGUUGUGUGCUCCUGUUCCCCCCCUCCCCCAAAUCAUCCAUUGCAGAUGAUUCAUCUUCAGAUCUUUGUUAAUUCCGUGAGCUUGCGUUUAUUUCACAGAAGCUAACUUCAGGACAACAUGCACUGUUAACCUUAAAACUGUAGAUAAUGGUGGUCUUGUAGCCUUAGAAGUGCCUUUAAUUGGAAUGAAAUAUUAAUUAGAUGUUUCUAAUGCAUCCUAAGAUGUAAUUUUCUUUUCAGUAGGAUGUUUUGAGCCUGUCCUCUUGCAUCGAAACAGUGUCCACACUCUAACGUGCACAGUGAGCUUCAGAAGUCACUAAGGACUCAAUGCAAAAAUGGACUUAAGUGCCUGAGCUCCAUUGGUGCCCAUUCCCUGAUUUUUCCAGGUGCUUGGGGUCCUGCCUCCCCACAGGCUCAGGGCUGAGCAGCUCGUGCCUUAGCCUAAUUGGGAAAGGGGUCCUCUGCCUAGGUCCCAGGGGGCUGGAGCAGGCAGGUGUUCUGUGUGCACAUCCAAACACAGAUGUUGCAACAACUAGUUUCCUUUAAACUGGGACUGGAGGAAGAUGCUGCCAUUUCCCCUUCACAUACGCUUCACAGCUAAGCAUUUCCCCAGGAAGUAGGAGACCUGGGUUCUGUUCACUUCCCUACCUAAGGAAAUUCAUCUUCAGCAGCCAGUAAAAUAGGGAAGGUGCUCUCCCACCCCUCCCAUUGAAGCUGUCUCUGUGCAGAAACUGCAAGUUAAGCUGAAAGAAUGAGCACAAGAGGGAACCUGAGGCUCCAGCCUCAUGGUUAAGGCUCCAACCUCAUGGUUAAGCCAGGGGGGGCAUCCUGGCUGCCAGUCUUUGCUCCCAGGAUUAUAUCUUCAUGGAAUAGUGACUGUAUAAAAUAUGCAGGUGUAAAGACCUUCCCUGUCCUUGGCAUUUCCCUAGUGUCUAGCUGCAGGUGGCUGUAUGUGGAAUUCAAGUUUUGGGGCCAGGCACCUAAGUCCCGUACUGGAUCUGACCCUAAAAGCCAUUAUUGCUCAUCCCUCUGAACAGCAUUACCACAUGUAAAUGUAUAUCAAAGUGCCAGGGAAACUGAAGUUCUCUCCAUCUGUGUGCCUCAAGCUGCUUAGUUGGCUCAUAGUUAGUUUACCCUGCACAUUUCUGGUGUGUCUGCUUGCAGGAGUGGCUGUUGCCCUGGGAAGAUCCAAAGAGAAAGGCAUUUAGUUGUUUUUUGCCUCUUUGAUAUAGAGUUAGCUCUUCCUCCCUCAAGGCUGUGUGCGAUGAUUGUGCAGCACUUGCUUUCUCACUGUGCGAGGGCAAGAGGUGACUGACAAACAAAAAAUCACUCUUCAUAAAAACCAAACCAAAUCUUGUUUUCACCAGGAGAGCUGGCCAGGUAUUUCCCAAUUCAUCCUUUCUUUCUACCCUUGGCCCUAACUGUGCUGCUAGGAGGGCUGAUCCUGCAAGGGCUUUCACAGACCGCAAGAUGACAGGGCUGUCUGCUGGAGCUGCCCUUUCAUUCGACAAGCCCAGUUUUUCUGCUGGUUAAUUUAGAUCAGGUAGUGCUCUCCCUGGUCUGACACUUGUUAUACAAGACCUCAACCUGUGUGCUAACUUUGGUACCAAUUUUUUUUAGAAGUAAUAAACCACUCUAACAAUUUUUAUGGUAUAAAAAGUAAAAUAGUUUCCUUAAUGUGCUUCUUGCUUUGAAGUCCGUUUUUCAACUAAUCAGCAUUUGGUAAAUAAAUUGCUUUAACCAGAUGAGCUUCUUGCAGAGAAAAGGGUUAGUGUUUGGAAUGGGAACUGCUAAAAAAAAAAAAAAAAAAAAAUGGCUGCUUGUACCUGUACAAGGAUGACUUGCAAAGUCAUAUAGCUUGCAUUUUCCAUACCUUGCAUUCAGCCCAUCUGUAUUUAUAGGCUGCAAGUAUUCUUGUUGAUAAAUAAUAGGCCUUUAAAAACAAAAACUGCCUAAAUACCUAUUUGCCAAAUGGAACGGUUUAAGAAUUUGGGGCAAAUGGGCGUGCCAGGUGUGGGGCGUAUCUGCUGCUCUCUAGACAUCAUUUGGUUUCAUCAUUCAGGUCUGGUCCUAGAUGUUGAGCCUUCUUGCCUGGGGUGUUUAUCCCUGAAUAAUAAAAUUGCUGAAAGCCUCAAUUAGCUGCUGCAAAGCAGUUACUAAUAAUUUAUAGUCCAAGAAAUGUACAGUUGCUUGACAUGGUAAAUUCAAGUUCCUGGUCUAAAAAGCUGCCUUACUGUCAUACAGACUGACCUGACCUGACCUGAACCUAGGCAGGGUCCUCACUUCUUGUAAGUGGUCCUAAGGACUCAAUUCUUAUGUUCAUUGAUAUUCCCUACACAGAAGCUUACACCUUCUAAUUGAGUUUUGUUUGCCAUUUUAAAACUAGGUACUAUUAAUACCAUUAAGAGUUUUAAGAGUAGGAAGACUAUAAACAUGCUUAUUUUUUUAUAUCAUUAUUGUCUAGCGACAUGCACUGCUUUGGUUGGCAAUAGGCUGUUACAUCAUGAUUUUUUUUUUUGUACUAGAUUGUAAACAAUAUGGAAAAUUGAACUGCUGAGACAUGAAGUUCUGGUUGAUGUGGAAGUACAAUGCCAGUGCCUUUUGCUGUUGCAGAGUGGAGGUCAAACCAAUGUCAGAAGUUGUGACAGUACAGAUUUCUUCAACCAGUCACUGGCAACUACCAAGGAAAUGGUUAUGAAUGUAGCAUUCCACUGAAAUAAGUAAUGUGGGGUUUUCGCUGCAUUUGGAAUACUACUUUAAUAUUAAUCACCUUUAUGCUUUUAACAACGGAGUAGUAUGGGCAAAGGUUUUGGCUUGAUUUCAGAUGGAAAGAUUCAUUAAAACCAAAAAAAUUCUAACAUUUUUGAUGAAGGAAAGGAUGAAGCCUUUAAUCUGCAUCUAAUGUGUGAGUGAAAAAACUGUUCCCCAAAUUGCUUUAGGCAGUACAUUCUUAAUGCUGUUGCUGCAAGAGUUGACUGUUUUAAUUGAAACUAAAACCUUUUGUGCCUAACAAUGACUUAUUUAAUAACGUAGUAUUGCCAGGACAAAUACAAAAUCCUGACACUCAGUUGUGAAUGUGAAGUAAAUUAGACCUAAUAAAAGUUCAUGCCUUUCCACAGCAAUUAUCAUUUUACUGCUUUUCUUCUGAGCAACUGUAAAAUGGAGCCGAGCUAAACGAGGCUGCAGAAAGAGCACUGGAGGUUUCUGCUGUAGUGCAGCCUCUGAUUUCUCAUAAUUUCUUUCUUAGAACUUCUGGUGUUUAAUUUUACUCGCUACAAAUCAGUGACGGAUUAGGAGAAAAUCCAACCCAAACUGAGACUGUUGUCAAUAUUUUUAACUUGAUUCUAAGCAAAAUGGUUUAAAAUUAAAGUCAGUUUGUUAUAAAGCUUCA